GUGCUCUCUGUGUCCAUGUCUGCAGAAGGCCUUUCCCGACUACCAUGGCAGUGAGACUGUGUGAUGUAGCUUCACUGCUAAGAAGUGGCUCGUGGGCUCCAGAGCCGUGGAAUGGGCAGGUUAUAGCUGCCAUGGAGACACAGCUUUCCAACGGGCCGACGUGCAACAACACAAGCAACGGGCCGAGCACCAUCUCCAACAACUGCUCCUCCCCGGUGGAGUCGGGCAGCAUGGAGGACAGUAAAACGAACCUAAUCGUGAACUACCUUCCUCAGAACAUGACGCAGGAGGAACUCAAGAGCCUGUUCGGCAGCAUCGGAGAAAUCGAGUCCUGCAAGCUAGUUCGAGACAAAAUCACAGGGCAGAGCCGCGGCUUCGGGUUUGUGAACUACGUGGACCCGAAGGACGCAGAGAAAGCCUUAAACACCUUAAACGGCUUGAGACUCCAGACCAAAACCAUCAAGGUGGCGUACGCGCGCCCAAGCUCAGCCUCAAUCAGACACGCUAAGCUGUGUGUCAGAAAUUUGCCAAGGACGAUGACUAAGAAGGAGCUGGAGCAGCUGUUCUCUCAGUUUGGACGUAUCAUUAACUCACACAUCCUGGUGGACCCGGUGACCAGCGUGUCCAGAGGGGUGGGAUUCAUCCGUUUUGACCGGCGUGUAGAGGCCGAGGAGGCCAUCAAGGGUCUGAACUGUCAGAAGCCCCCCGGGGCUGCAGAGCCCAUCACAGUGAAGUUCGCCAACAACCCAAGCCAGAAGACGAGCCAGGCGCUGCUGAGCCAGCUAUACCAGUCCCCCAACCGCAGGUACCCCGGACCCUUGGCCCAUCAGGCACAGCGCUUCAGGUUGGACAAUCUGCUGAACAUGGCGUACGGAGUGAAGAGCAGGUUCUCCCCGAUGGCUAUCGACGGCGUCACCAGCCUGGCGGGCAUCAACCUCCCAGGCCACGCUGGGACCGGGUGGUGCAUCUUUGUGUACAACCUGGCGUGGGACGCAGACGAGAGCCUCCUGUGGCAGAUGUUCAGCCCGUUCGGAGAGGUCACCAAGGUGAUGGCGACCCGUGAAUUCAACUCAAACAGGUGUAAAGGAUUUGGUUUUGUCACCAUGACUAACUACGACGAGGCCGCCGUGGCCAUCGCCAGCCUGAACGGAUACCGCCUCGGGGACAGAGUGCUGCAAGUCUCGUUCAAAACCAACAAAACACACAAAGCCUAAACCCUCAAGUGUGUUACCAUGGGAACGGGAAGAUUCACUUUCUACAUUAGUAAACACAGCUUUGUAAAUCAGUGUUACGAAAGGAAAUUUAGCGUCCAUUUGUGAUUUCUUUUUUUUCUUUUUUUGGCUACGCUUUGAAUCUUAAUAUUCUUUAAAAAAAAACCUUGAGGUGUGAGCUGAGACUCACAGGAGGACGGUGGGUUUGUCUUUUUGUUGCACAUUAAGUCUCGUAAAGUUCAGCAUUGUGAUUUAUUUUGUAUUUGUGUCCUGAGUUGCCUUCAGGUGCGUUUUGCCUUCAGUGGUUAGCAGUUCUUCUGUUGAACUAUUUUUGUAAGUAUUCUGUUCAUUGUAAUUUGAGUUGUUAUCGGUCGGCUGCAUAAUGUUGUAAACUUAAUAGAUAAAAAGACAAAAAACACACUUCUUAAAGCAGUACCUUGCCAAAGAGCUAAGAACCUCUUUGAUGUGGGUUUAAAAUGCAUCUAUUUUUAUAAAAAGAACAAUUUGGAGACACUUUUUACUGGACCUGGAACAAAAUAUUUUGACUUUGAGAAAUAUCUUCAUAUUGUGAGCUUUUGAACUUUACAGGAAAGUUUGCAGAGGUUGACAUUUCUGGGGAGAUUUAUGAUGUAAAAAAAAACCACAAACCUUUUGAGAUCUUUGUAUUAUCUUUAGAUUAUAGGAUCGAUAGCUGGGCUGGUUUGUAAAAUCUUACACGACCGGCACCUUUGAAUCCAUUUGGACAAAAAUGCUGAGGAAAAAGUGCAUGCUAAAUUAUAACGUGGAGGUAUCUUAAAGGUGGGUUGAGUUCUUCAUAACGGAUCCCUUCAGAUGCAUCUGAGGCUGCAGCUUCUGCCUCUGAAAACAUCACCACUGACAGGGGGUUUUACAUGAAGCCAGUGAAGGCAGCAGCCGGUCUGGGGACAGGGCGGAGGAUUACUUUGUAAAUAAGUCCUUUUUAUGUUUAUCUGUUUAUCAGUAUUAUUUUAGUUUGGACCUCAUCGGAAAGUGUGACAUUAUAGAUAUCUUUUCUUUUUCUAUUAUGGAGUAUGUAAGGUAUUUUAAUUUGAGAUAUUGACUUACUCACAGUUGAACUUUUGAUUUAAAAUCUGUCGUAGAUAGUAAAAGAAAAAAAGACAACUAUAGACAUGUUUUUGUUUUUUUAUAUAUAAACAUUAUAGAUAUAUAUUUAUGUGGUAAAGAAUGGAUAUAAACCACUUUUUUGUUUUCAUAUUCAUAUAUAUGCAUAUAACCUGUCUUUGGAGUAUAUUGCUUUAUUCACGUGGGGAGUUGUCUGAACACCACACCCCCCCUUACUGAGCAGUGUGCUAUGCAUUAUUCUAAUUAGUAUCUGCAGCUGCUUUUCUAUUCCUCUGUGUUUCUAUGAAGGACUUGUGACGGGGGCAGAUCUGCUGAGUCAUGCCGGACCCUCGCUUUUGGACAUUUCUUUUUGUAAUCUUCCUGAUCGUUUGAUUGUGCAGAGGGUCCAGCAUGAGCUCAGUCCCCCCCCCCACCACAUCUCUUAUCUCAAUUCUUACUAUAAGAAUGAUUAUUUAUUUGGAGUUGUAUAGUCUGGCUUUGUUCACGUCAUUUUUUUCUGGAAUAGAAUCUCUUUUUGUUGAGUAUUUAAGAGGAUGUACAUGUUAUUUACUUUGUGUUUGGAUACUUUGGAGUUUUUCCAUGUUCAGUACAUCAAUAAAUAAGUUGA